AUGGCCAAGAAGGCACGCCAACGAAUAAGCUAUGUCCUUGAAGCCCCUAAUUCUUCACCGGGCGGUCAUCGCUUGGGUGUCAACGGCUUAGCCGUUGAUCGCGACAAUGCUAUCCUCUACUCUGGCGGACGAGAUGGUGUCAUAUGCGCCUGGGACCUGAAUAGCAAUGUUACCAACACUGGCGGGCACUCCGCUGUUACUGACUCUAGCCAAACCAACGGCAGGCCAAACUCCAUUACCCGGUUCCGUGCUCAAACUCAAGCACACACCCAUUGGAUCAACGACAUUGCCCUCGCCCAGCAGCACAGCGCACUGGUGUCGGCCUCCUCAGACCUCCUGGUUAAGGCCUGGCGACCUCUUGCUAGCGACGUCCUAGAGCCCGUCACCAUCGGCCAGCACGCCGACUAUGUCAAGUGCGUCGCCACACCGAGCCAGUCGACAACCUGGGUAGCUUCGGGGGGCCUCGACCGGAAAAUCCACCUCUGGGACCUGUCUGGAGCCGGCGACACGCUCGAGAUUGAUGUUCGUGGCGAGGAAGUGGAACAGAAGGGCAGCGUGUACGCCCUGGGCGUCACCCACAACAUCCUAGCUAACGGUGGCCCCGAGAGCAUCGUGCGGUUGUGGGAUCCAAGGUCGGGCCAGCGCAUCACCAAGUUUGUCGGCCACACCGACACCAUCCGCGCCAUUCUGAUCAGCGAGUCCGGGGAUAUGGUUUUAUCGGCUAGCUCGGAUCAGACUGUCAAGGUGUGGAGUGUCACGGCUGGCCGUUGCAUGCAUACCUUGACAAUGCACGACCAUAGCGUCUGGGCCAUGUUUUCUGACGACCCGAACCUCGACAUCUUCUACAGUAGUGACCGAUCCGGGCUGGUGGUCAAGACGGACGUCCGUGACACUGGUGGUGAUAUGGACAAGGGCUUGUCCGUGGCCGUUGCGAAGGAGAAUGAUGGCGUUAGCAAGAUGGUGGCCUGGGACGACAGCAUCUGGACGGCAACGGCCACAGCGUCAAUCAACCGGUGGAAGGACGUAGACACAAGUGUCAGCAUGCGGUUUCUCGAGGCUCCCAAGCAGCACCGCGCGUCGUUGGUGACGGUGCAGAGCAAGGAAACCGUCGCCGUAGUAGCUCCGGCGAACGACUCUUCAGCACCCACGAUCCCUGCCAAGUCUAUCCUUCGGAUAUCGAAUACGGCACCCUUCCAACUGGUUAUUGGCCGGGACGAUGAGGACGCCCUCCCAGCGCUGACACGGAGUGUGUCGGAGAUCACAGAGCAUGUCGUCAGCAUUGUUGAGCCGAUCCACCAUUUACCAGAAGAGACCAUAGAGGGGCAAUUCGGUUUGGUUAAGCACAAGCUGUUGAACGACAGGAGACGCGUCCUGACUUUGGAUACCGCGGGUGAUGUUUUGAUGUGGGAUUUGAUCCAGUGUCGUCCUGUCAAAAGCUUCGGGAAGCGCCACCUCGAAGACGUGGAGCCCGAGGUUAACACCCGCGAGGCCGUUGCACCCUGGUGCUCGAUCGACAUUAUCAACCUCGGAAAAUGGGUGCUUAGAUACCUAUUCGCCAAUCUUAUUGACGAAGAGAUUCGGCGGGAUGAGACGUUUAGGCACAAAGUAAACCAAGGUGCAACCACGAGGAUAGCGGUGGGUAGAACAGCACCACCGCUAGCGAUAUCAAUUCCUUCAACCCCGAGCUGGGGCCCGACCGACCUGUCUUCGGCGACACCGCGAGCUCACGGAUCACAGUACCCGCCUAUGACACCAGGUUUCGGAAUCGGGUUGGCUACUCCUGGUUCCCCUGGACCGCCGGUACACGAAGGAUUCACAUCACCCCUCAGCCCCCUCGUCGACAAGCGGUCGUCCCAAGCUAGCAGGCCAUCGCAGGAGAGGGAAGACUACUUUUCCGACACAAUUCAGAGCCCGGACGGAACCCCCAAACCAGUGCAGACGCCCGCUACCGAGGCUCCUCCGGCCGAAGAGAAGGCGGCUAAAACGCCAGGUGAGAACGGCGUCAAGGAGAAGGAUGCCAAAGACAAGGACAAGGAUAAAGACAAAGAGAACGGAAAGCCAGGCGCCACUAUGUUUAGCAAGAAGUUCCGCAUGGGCAUGUCCUUUGGCACCAAGAAGUUGGGGCGGUCCCUAUCGACGACAACAGCCGAGAAGCCGGCUGUCCUCGACGAGAAGGCCGAAGAGUCGGAGUCAUCAUCGAACCACGAAAAAGAAUUUGACGACAACUUCCUGGGCGUGGUGCAGAGGAUGCACAACGAUUACGAGAAGCAGCAGGCUGAGAACCCGGACCAGAUCGUUGAGACCAAAAUCACCCCCAGCUUAGCCAACGACACCCCGGUACUGAAGCUGCCCGCCGGUACCAAGGUCAUUAUCCAAGAAGAGACCUCGGGCGGCUCAGCCGAGAUGUACCGCGGCACGGUGGCGUCGGUUGGCGCCGACGCCGACGUCAUCGAGAAGCGGGCGCCGCAGUGGCUAGGCGACGUGCUUCUGCUCAACACGUUGCCCUUGAAAGACCCGGUUAAGAUCUCAUUCGUGCUCCACCCGUGGAAGGAAACGCUGCCGCCCAUCGUGUCGGCCGACGGCAACAACCGGCUGAACGCGAACCGGAUGCUGCGCGUCAAGAAGAUCCUGGCCUAUGUCGCCGAGCGCAUCGACCCCGUCCCCGAGGGAGAGGAGCCGGCGCCGGAUGCCCUGAAGCCGGAGGAGUAUUUGGAGCUGUAUUGCAACGACCGGUUGCUGCCGCUCAAGAUGACCCUGGCGACUCUACGGACGCACGCCUGGAGGGGCGGUAACGAUAUCGUCCUGCACUACAAGGCCAACGGCCGGAAGGAAAUCCCCAUGCCGCCUCCUGCGGAGGUGGAGGAGACGAAGGAACCCGAAGCGGCGGCGCCGGCUGCAUAG